UUGUUUUUAUAAAUAUUAAUUUAUUAAAUUGGUUUACAAAUUAAUACCAUAUAAAAAUGGACGGAUUUGAUGAAGCAGGUAUUUUUUUCUCUGAUAAUUUAUUGGGCGAUGGACAGCAGGGUCAGGAUGGGCAUCAAUUUAAUAUGCAGGCGGUGAAGAAAAAAUACAAGGAAUUUCUUCGCACCUUUAAUGAAGAUAAUUUCUUUUAUAAAUAUCGUGAUACUUUAAAGAGAAACUAUCUUAAUGGCCGCUACUUUCUGGAAGUGGAAAUGGAAGAUUUGGCUGGGUUUGAUGAAACGUUAGCAGACAAACUUAAUAAACAACCAACGGAACAUCUGCAAAUAUUUGAAGAAGCCGCCAAAGAAGUAGCUGAUGAAAUAACUGCUCCUAGACCUGAAGCAGAAGAGAAUAUGCACGACAUACAAAUAUUAUUGAUGUCUAAUGCUAAUCCCACAAAUGUGCGUGAAUUGAAAUCCGAUUGCGUUUCAAAAUUGGUAAAAAUAGCUGGUAUUAUAGUUGCAGCAUCCGGCAUUAAAGCCAAAGCUACAAAAAUGUCAAUCAUGUGCCGAUCUUGUCACACAGUCAUUGCUAAUCUUAAGGUAAAUCCCGGACUGGAGGGAUAUGCUUUGCCCCGAAAAUGCAACACAGAUCAAGCCGGUCGUCCCAAGUGUCCCUUGGAUCCGUUCUUUAUUAUGCCUGACAAGUGUAAAUGUGUAGAUUUUCAAACACUAAAACUUCAGGAGUUACCCGAUUAUGUACCUCAAGGUGAAAUCCCCAGACAUUUACAAUUAUUCUGUGAACGUUCCCUGUGCGAACGAGUAGUGCCUGGAAAUAGAGUUCUUAUACAGGGAAUCUAUUCAAUUCGAAAAGUGGGUAAACCCUCGCGUCAAGAUGGUCGUGAAAAAGCCGUCAUUGGUGUCAGAUCUCCUUACAUGCGUGUUGUUGGAAUAACGGUCGACUCGGAAGGAUCUGGUGCCAUUUCACGUUACAGUAACAUUACUAACGAGGAGGAGGAAACAUUCCGUCGAAUGGCAGCUUCGUCAGACAUCUAUGCACGUUUAUCGAAAUCUCUAGCUCCAAGUAUUUUUGGGUCUGAGGAUAUAAAAAAAGCAAUAACAUGUAUGCUCUUUGGUGGUUCACGUAAACGCCUUCCAGAUGGUCUUUGUCGCCGUGGUGAUAUCAACGUUUUGUUGCUGGGCGAUCCUGGUACUGCCAAAUCUCAGUUAUUAAAGUUUGUGGAGAAAGUAGCACCAAUAGGUGUUUAUACUUCGGGAAAAGGAUCGAGUGCUGCUGGUUUAACAGCAUCUGUAAUAAAGGAUCCAGCAACGCGCAAUUUUGUAAUGGAAGGAGGUGCAAUGGUACUGGCAGAUGGAGGUGUUGUUUGUAUUGAUGAAUUCGAUAAAAUGCGUGAAGAUGAUCGAGUCGCCAUUCACGAAGCAAUGGAACAGCAGACCAUUUCGAUUGCUAAAGCUGGCAUUACUACGACAUUAAACUCUCGAUGCUCUGUGUUGGCUGCAGCCAAUUCUAUAUUUGGUCGUUGGGAUGAUACUAAAGGUGAAGAGAAUAUUGAUUUUAUGCCAACCAUUUUAUCGCGUUUCGACAUGAUAUUCAUUGUAAAAGAUGUCCACGACGAAUCACGAGAUAUAACCAUGGCCAAGCAUAUUAUAAAUGUACAUCUGUCGUCCAACAGAUCCGGGCCUGCCGAGCAGGCCGAGGGCGAAAUUUCAUUAGCUCUAUUUAAGAAGUACAUUCACUUUUGCCGAACUCACUGUGGACCACGUUUAAGUGAGGAAGCUGGCGAAAAACUAAAAAGUCGCUAUGUGCUUAUGCGCAGUGGAGCUGGGCAACAGGAAAAAGCUGCGGAUAAACGUCUAAGCAUUCCGAUUACAGUUCGUCAGUUGGAGGCCAUUAUCCGAAUUUCGGAAUCUCUGGCUAAAAUGCGCCUGUUACCGUUUGCUAACGAUGAACAUGUUAAUGAAUCGUUGCGUCUUUUCCAAGUUUCUACAUUGGAUGCCGCGAUGACCGGGAGCCUGGCAGGAGCAGAAGGCUUUACUACAGAAGAAGAUCAAGAAACAUUAAAUCGAAUUGAAAAACAAUUAAAGAGACGUUUUGCUAUUGGAUCCCAAGUAUCAGAACAGAACGUAAUACAGGAUUUCUUGCGCCAAAAGUACGAAGAACGUACAAUUCUUAAAGUAAUUCAUACCAUGAUACGACGCGGAGAAUUGCAGCAUCGCAUGCAACGCAAAAUGUUGUAUCGUUUAUGUUAAUUUGUAUUUCUUUUUAAUGAUUACUGUUUUUUUUUACAAUGUGUAUUACUUAUCAAAUAUACAUACCGAUGGCUUAAUA